AUGGAGCAACUGGGACGUGAGGAGCAAGGAAGGACAUGGUGUAUGCGAACUCGAUCGAGCUCAUCAACUGAAGACUUGGUCGAGUUGGACAUCAACAUAGGCAGAAUACAGAGAAAGAAGACUGAGAGGCUACAAGUUGAACCAGAGGUGGUUGUUACUGAAACAAUGGAUAUACCAGAGGGUAAUGGAAACCCUUUGGGUAAUGGACUCGGUCGAGCUAGGCAGACUCGACCGAUUGGACUUGGAGAUGCACCAAACCGCCAUCAACAAAGAUAA